AUGUUGGACUCGAUUUUCUUCAAUCAUGGAGAAAGGCUCGCCUUUGCCGAGUCCCACGCUCUCUUCCCCUUUCUGGCCUCCGGCUUGGCCCUGCUUGCCGCCUUCGCUGGCUACGUCGUCUACCAAUGCUAUUUCUCACCCAUGGCCUCGUUUCCAGGGCCUUUCGCGGCCAAGUUGACAACGUUAUGGCGAGCAUAUAUUACCUCUCGAGGCCAGUGGCAUCGUAAGCUGGGCGAACUGCAUCGUCGAUACGGCAGUGUUGUGCGCAUCGGACCGAACCAGCUGAGCGUGGGUGAUCCUGAAGCAUUUCGGACGAUUUACAGGGUCAGCGGCGCCUUUGCCAAAUCCUCCUCCUUUGCAGUGCUCCAAGGAUCACGACCCUUUGACCUAGCAGGCGAGCGCAACGAAAAGAUCCAUGCGGCCCAGCGACGGCUGGUGGCACGGCCUUACUCGAUGGAGUCGGUCGUCCACCUCGAGCCGCAGGUUGACCGUGUCCUCGACGAUUUGCUCGUCAAGUUCGACGCCUUUGCUCUCUCUCCACGACCCAUCGACCUUGGCAACUGGUUCCAGCUCUUUGCCUUCGAUGUAAUUGGCGCCGUCUCCUUCUCUAAGCCCUUCGGAUUCGUCGCCCAGGGCACCGACGAGGGCAUGUUUGGCCGGAUUGAGCGCACCUUCAGCAGCACUGGCUGGCUGAUGUACGCACCGUGGGUCUUCAAAUUCCAUCAGAAAUUCAUCUUGCCCGUUUUUGGAAAUUUCCUGGCUGCCAAUGAUCGGAACGGCUACUUCUUCGAAGUUGCAAAGUCUGAAGUGCAAGACCGAAGGGACAAGGGAGGCAACGACAAAGACAUUGUAGGACAACUCUUUCAGACGGCACGCACCAAGCCCCAACUGGAUGAUGUCUCCAUUUCCUUUAUGAUGACCAGCAAUGUCUUUGCAGGGUCUGAUACAACAGCCAUCGGCCUUCGCAGCAUCUUCCUCAACAUCCUCAAGCACCCCCGUGUCCUAGCAAAACUCAGAGCCGAACUCGACGAGCGUAAAGAGGCAGGCCAGCUCUCAAACCCAGUCACCUUUCAGGAAGCCGAAGCUUGCCCCUAUCUGCAGGCCGUCAUUUACGAAGCGUUGAGGGUCUUUAGCCCAGUCGGUGCCAACCCCGACAGAGAGGUCCCCAAGGAAGGCAUGACGAUCUGCGGCAAAUUCGUUCCUGGAGGUACCGUUGUUGGUUGUAACCCCUGGGUUAUCCAUCAUGCGCCCGAAAUCUGGGGUUCCGACUACGAGGAAUUCAAGCCCGAACGCUGGUUGGGAGAGAAUGCUAGCCAUCUGAGUAAGAAAAGCCAACAGAGGUUCUUCUUUACUUUUGGUGGCGGCACGAGGACAUGCAUUGGAAAAAACAUCAGCUGGCUCGAGAUGGAUAAGCUGGUUUCCACUCUCCUGAUGCGUUACAACUUUGAGCUUGUCGAUGAAGCAAACAUUACUGAAGUUUGCAGGUCAGUGUUCAUCUUUAGAGCUUGCUGCGUUCAAUGA